AUGAAGGGUCCCUACCCUGGUAUGAUUCUAACUGCAGUGGGAUUAGAUGGAAACAACUGCACUUACCUAGUGGCUUAUGGUCUUGUAGAGUCUGAGAACUACAGUUCAUGGACAUGGUUUCUAAAAAAUCUUGGUGAUGAUUUGGAUUUGACUACCAAUUCAAACUUUACAUUUAUAACUGAUAGGCAAAAGGGUGUGUUGCCUGAAAUUGCAAAAUUGUUUCCCUGUGCAGAAAAUAGAUUUUGCCUUCGUCAUAUCCAUGAGAAUAUGAAGCGGAAGUGGAGGGGCAAGGAGUUUAAAGAUUGUCUCUGGAAAUGUGCAGCAACAACAACUGUUCAGCAAUUCAAUAUUGCAAUGGAGGAACUGAAGAAAUUGAACAAUGAUGCAUAUGAAUGGCUUAAAGCCAUUCCACCCCAACAUUGGUCCAGGUCUCACUUCACAGGAAGAGCACAUUGUGAUGCAUUGUUAAACAACCUUUGUGAGACAUUGAAUAGCAAACUUGUCAAGGGUCGUGACAAACCAAUUAUAAGUUGCUUGGAGUUUAUUAGAGAGUACAUAAUGAAGAAGCUUGUUAUUGUCCAAAAGACAAUUGACAAAUGUUCUGGCCCACUAACUCCUACAGCUACCAAGACUCUAGAGAAGAUCAAAGGUGAAGCUGCAGAGUAUAGGGUUGUGUUUUGUGGAAAUGGGAAGUAUCAGGUCAUAGGUGGUGAAGGUGUGGACCAAUGUGUAGUUGACAUAACACAACGUACAUGCUCAUGUAACAAAUGGGAGGUCACUGGCAUACCAUGCAAGCACACAAUUACAGCUAUAUGGGAUAUGAGGAAAAAUAAUGAGAAUGUUGGGAUACCUGAAACAUGGGUUCACCCAACAUACUGGUUGAAGACAUGGCAAGAGAUGUAUUCCUUUAAGAUUGAACCAAUUAAUGGGAGGAUGAUGUGGGCAAAAAGUACUUGUCCAACAAAGUUACUACCCCCAAAACAUCAUGUGCCUAUUGGUAGGCCAAAAAAGAAAAGAAGAAGAUCUGCUACUGAAGAUGAUAGUGCUACCGGGACCAGAACAGUUAGAUGUUCAAAGUGUGGAAAUGUUGGUCAUAAUGGAAGGAGCUGCAAUGGGCAGACAGUGGGAGGAUCACAGGCCAGUGGUAGUGAUGUGGGACAGAAUGUUGGUGAUAGUGAUGUGGGACAGAAUGCUUGUGUGGGACAGAACUCAGGUGCUGUGAACAAGGGGAAAAGUCUGAUGGUUUAG